AUGUCCGACCCGUCUUCUUCCCGCCGAGGAGCAUUCAUCGUCUUCGAAGGACUUGAUCGAUGUGGUAAAUCAACCCAAGUAGCUCGUCUGGUGGAUCGGCUGGAAAGGGAAGGUCAGAAAGCUAGACUUCAGAAGUUUCCCGAUCGUACAACAGCAAUAGGAAAGAUGAUAGAUGCUUACCUACAGUCGAAAGCUGAGAUGGACGAUCAUGCCAUACAUUUACUGUUCAGUGCCAACCGAUGGGAAUGUGCAGCCGCCAUCAAACGAGACUUGGACCGCGGUAUAACAGUGGUAGCAGACCGAUAUGCAUUUUCUGGAAUCGCAUUUUCAGCAGCCAAAGGCCUUCCAUUCGAUUUCUGUUUGCAACCUGAUAGAGCUCUUCCCUUACCCGAUCUCACUCUUUACAUGUCAUUACCCCAAGAAGAAGCUACACAGCGAUCCCAGUUCGGCGAAGAACGAUACGAGACUGUUACCAUGCAGCAGGCUACAAGGAAGCAGUUUCGCUUGGUAGCAGAAGAAGUUAAGAAGAUACAUGGGGGGAAAAGGUGGAUGGAGGUCGAUGCUAGAGGUACAAUCGAAGAGGUCGAAGAGAGGAUAAAGGGUUUGAUAGGCGAUCUGACGGAUGGUGUGAAUGGGGGGGUGGGUGAACUUUGGGUGUAG